UUCUUAAUAAUCUGGAGUUGUGGUUAGCUCAUGUAGUAGAGUGUUACUGUUAAACUACUAAUCAUCAUUUGGGGGUGUAGGUAGAGAUUAAAGUCAGAUUUAGUCUGGAACAGUAUUCAGUUCAGGCUUGGUGUCUUCAGAGAUCAUAUAUGUUAUUCAGAGGCUGGUGAGACUUUGGGGACAAUAUCUGUUUUCUCCACUCAUAUGUGUGUCUUACACAAGCUUAUUUGUAGUUGGUGUGUGUGUUUGCUAUGUAGAUCUUAUAAAACUACCCACAAACAAUAAAAAGUUUACUGUUUUACAUGGCUUCAACAACUUUAGUAAUUGUGGGGUUUUUGCUUUUUGUGUUUUAGGAGAUAAAAUAAUGCUAAUGAAGCAGCCAUUUCCCUGAAGUUUGAGUUCUCAGACUCACUGCCAUAAUGGAUGAACAGCAAGCUUUGAAUUCAAUCAUGCAGGAUUUGGCUGUGCUUCAUAAGGCCAGUCGUCCUGUAUUGCCCCAACAAGAAACAGGAAAACCAAAGUCAUCUUCACCUAAAAAACAGAACGAUGUUAGAGUCAAAUUUGAACAUCGAGGUGAAAAAAGAAUCCUGCAAUUACCAAGACCUGUUAAACUUGAAGAUCUUGCAGCUAAAGCGAAAGUUGCUUUUGGACAGACUAUGGAUUUACAUUACAGCAAUAAUGAGCUUGUAAUUCCAUUAACCACACAAGAUGACCUGGACAAAGCUGUUGAACUACUUGACCGUAGUGUACAUAUGAAGAGUCUCAAGAUACUGCUUGUAAUACAUGGAAAUACACAGUCACCCAGUGUAAAUAACGUGGAACCCUUGCCCUCACUGGAAGAUUUAGAUAAUACAGUGUUUGGUGUGACAGACAGAAAAAGGCGACUGUCUGUAAUAGGUUCUAAUACCCGUGAUAGGAGUUCACCUCCUCCAGGAUACAUUCCAGAUGAGCUGCAUCAGGUGGCUCGAAAUGGGUCCUUCACCAGUAUCAACAGUGAGGGUGAAUUCAUUCCAGAAAGUAUGGAUCAGAUGCUGGAUCCAUUGUCUUUGAGCAGUCCUGAAAACUCUGGCUCAGGAAGCUGUCCCUCGCUUGACAGCCCGUUAGAUGGGGACAACUAUCCCAAGUCUCGGAUGCCAAGAGCACAGAGCUAUCCAGAUAAUCAUCAGGAAUUCUCAGUAGAGUAUGAUAUCCCAAUAUUUGAGAAAUUUGGAAAGGGGGGGACUUAUCCCAGAAGAUAUCAUAUUUCAUAUCAUCAACAAGACUACAAUGAUGGUCGGAAAACUUUUCCAAGAGCCCGAAGGACUCAGGGGAACAGCUUCCGAUCACCGGUUAGUUUCAGUCCCACUGAGCACUCGCUGAGCACCAGCAGCGGCAGCAGCGUCUUCACGCCGGAGUACGAAGAUAACCGGAUGAGGAGGAGGGGCAGUGACAUCGACAAUCCCACCUUGUCAGUCAUGGACAUCAGCCCACCCAGCCGCUCACCACGAGCUCCAACUAACUGGAGACUUGGUAAACUGCUGGGUCAAGGUGCAUUUGGCAGAGUGUAUCUGUGUUACGAUGCUGAUACUGGAAGAGAACUGGCUGUUAAACAAGUUCAGUUUGAUCCUGAUAGUCCAGAAACCAGCAAGGAAGUAAAUGCACUUGAGUGUGAGAUUCAGUUGCUGAAAAAUCUGCUGCAUGAAAGAAUUGUUCAGUAUUAUGGCUUCUUGAGAGAUCCACCUGAAAGGACACUCUCAAUAUUCAUGGAGUACAUGCCUGGGGGUUCCAUCAAAGACCAAUUGAAAUCGUAUGGAGCACUCACAGAGAAUGUGACUCGUAAAUACACACGGCAGAUUUUGGAAGGAGUUCACUAUUUGCACAGUAAUAUGAUUGUCCAUCGAGAUAUUAAAGGAGCAAAUAUUCUGCGGGAUUCAGCGGGCAAUGUGAAACUUGGUGACUUCGGUGCCAGCAAACGGCUGCAGACGAUCUGUCUGUCUGGUACGGGAAUGAAGUCUGUCACAGGCACUCCCUACUGGAUGAGCCCCGAAGUUAUUAGUGGAGAAGGGUACGGCAGAAAAGCAGACAUCUGGAGUGUAGGUUGCACAGUGGUAGAAAUGCUCACUGAGAAGCCCCCAUGGGCAGAGUUCGAAGCCAUGGCUGCCAUCUUUAAAAUUGCCACUCAGCCAACCAACCCCCAGCUCCCUCCUCACGUCUCCGACCACGCCCGGGAUUUCUUGAAACGGAUUUUUAUCGAGGCCAAGCUGCGACCGUUUGCAGAUGAACUGCUAAGACACACGUUUGCACACUAUCACUAACACCUGCCUCAAUUCAGCUUGCAUCUACUGCAUUUGUUUUCUAUUUGACUGCACUUUUAUUUUUUAUUUUUUACAAUGAAAAUGGAGAAAAAAAGACAAGAGAGAGAAUAUUCUCUUGAAUCUUUGUUUCACUUAGAUUGUAAACAAUCUAAAUUUUGUAUCUAAAAUGAGAAUCUUUUCUCCCCCCCUCCCACCAGGACUAGAACUUUUUGUUUCUAUAAUGUACUGAUGUGGUUGAUGUAGAUAAAGCACUUUAGUACAUAUUUGUUCCUUAUUUAAAGAGGAAAAAAAAAUUACAAAUGCUUGGACAGUCAGGAACUGUGUGACUUUUUCUGACACCGCUGACUGACUCAGGGUGCAGGGAAAAAUAGACAUGCAGCUAAAGGACAAGAAGGUUACUUCUAUGUGAUUCUUAUCUAUAUUGUAGGUACUUGCAGCAGAGAGUUCUAAGUUCUUAUUAUAUUUCAGCAUUUAAUCAGUUUCUGGAAUUUACAGUUUAAGCAGGAACACGCAGUUCUGAGAGUUGAUUGACGAAGCUGGAAGAACUUGGAACUCUUUGUACAGCAGCAUGUCUAGCUGGUACUUCUAUGUGACCAAAAGAAAAUAACAAAAACGAACUCAAAACUGAUGUGCUAGUUAGAGGUUUUGGUGUAGAAUUAUUGUAUUACCUUAAUAGGAAAAUAAUUACAGGUAAACAGAUUACGGGCCCAGACUCCUAGAAACUACUAUACUGCAAAGGGGAAAUUUUCCAUGCUAGACAAGGGUCAGCUAUUGGAUGUAAAUAGUUAGGAGAACCCCUCCUGCUCUAUCUGCCAAAGAGAACCUCUGUUGCAUAAGCUUCGAGGGAGACAGUUAUCUUAGCUGAUAAAAAAUACUGGUUGGAGGGUCAGUUCUCCUCCACAGUCCCAUGAAUGGCUGCAGGGGAAAGGGAGUGACUAAUCCUUGUGCAGUAUAUGAGUUACUGGAUUCAGAAUGAGCUAGAAGAAAUGUUUUCAAAGCUGUUGAGAGGCGCUAGGAUGGAAUGUAUGUCAACAUCAAGUGCCUGAAUAAUAUCAAAUUCUUCCCAUUCUGCACUAAAAAAAAAAAAAGAUUUCAUAAAACAGGUCAGUCAUCUAGGAUGUAUUGAAAAUUCUUGAAAUAAAGUCAAAUAUCUCUUUAACAUCGGGAAUGAGUCACUGAGAAAGCCAAGACUCCAGUUAUAUUUUUAAUAAUGUUGCACUGAUGAAUCCUAUGAAGAAGGAGGCACAGCACAGAAAAUUGUACAAAGAACAGGCCAAAAGUGCAGAGAGCCAGCAAUUAAAUAACAUGUGUGAUUAUUCCAACCUGAUAAUCCAGAUUGGUGUUUGUCAGAUUUCCAACUGUCAUGAAGUGUAUGUUAAUUACUUUUUCUAUUUCUGAAAGAGCAUAAUAAAAGAAGUGAAAAUCUGAAAUAUUACUUCUCAGUUGAGAAGCCCAGGUACUGAUCAGGUGUAGUGAAUAACUGACUUUUCACAACAGAAAAGCCAGACUCUCAUAUUUUUGUAGAAUAACAGAACAUAAAUAAUUUAAAGGGGCAUUUGGAAAUAAACUAUUGGACAAGAGAACUGAAAAUAUGUUUACUGUUUUGGAUGAUUCAUUGCUUACUUUUGUUGUUUUUUAAACGCAGAACAGGCUGGUACUGUGACCCUUGUUUAGUCUGACAAGGUUCUACCUGUUCUGCAUCUUUAGAGGAAUAUCAGGUUUACAAAAUGCACGGAGACAGAACAAUAAGCUUACCCAUUCCCACAGUCACUCACACAUGAAAUUUCUGAAUUUAUUCUGCUGAAUUCCAUAUGUUUUACCAGAGCAUAAGCAGGAGUAUGGAUCUAUCCUAAUCACUUUACCUGUAGUGGAGUAAGAAUGACUUUUUUGUGGCCAUCUCUCCAGAGACUGAGAGUGGUGACUUCUUCAGCUUAUGUGAGUAUUUUACCCAACUGAUUAUUUUCUUGGUCAGGGUACGCAACUGUGCACAGUUUCCUGAGCACAAGAAGAACUAGUCAGACCAGGAAAAGUGUAAAAGGCUGAAAGGAAAGGCAGCUUGUACUGACUUUGUUUCUCUGUCACUAGAUAAAAGCUGUGAAGCAGCCUUUAAGAAGAAUUGGUAUGUACUCUGCUGUAAGGGACCUUUGCUUUAUAAGCAAAAUAUAGCGACAGUAGGGAUGGGAAGUUUAAUGUAGAACCUAAUAGUUUAUGUAGGUAAUUUUCAAGAUCAUGUAUUGAAAUGAUUAAAUUACAGAUUAAGAAGGUACCAAAACCAAGGUGAAAAUGUAUAUAAAAAUCAGUAGUACCUGAAAAGGUAAGGCAAUUUUAUAUUACCAAAAAAAGGACAUUAAAGGGAACCAGGUUUAUCUGUAGCAUUCAUAACAUUUAAAUAUACUAUUCUAAAGAGAAACUGCACUCUCUGAAGCUUGAAAAUUUUCAUAAUCUAGUUUUCUUAUAAUGUGACCUUUCUGUGAGACAGUGCUGGAUCAUGUAUAUUGCAAUAUCACUUCCUUGUGAUUUUUAAUUACUGAACAAUCAAGUUUGCUGCUUUUGUGCCUUUUCUGAAAAAAACGGCAUUCAGUCAUGACAACGGUCAGCAUUUUGGUGCCAGGAAAAAAGCAACUUUCAGAACACAUUUUUCAUCAUGUCUUUGGCAUGUCAGAAAGCUGCCAAUGAAAAGACUGUGCUUCUUAAACGAAGUUGACAUUUUCCAGUUUGAGUGAUUCUAGUAAAAUUUUAUAAAUUUCACAAGGUUAGGCUUGAGCUAGUUUUUUUUUUUUCACCCUAAGGAAAAUUUCUCUACUGAUUUAAAUAACUUACAGUAAAUUAGUUGGUUAUUAAUACAAAUACUUGAAGCUAAAUCAUUUUUUUUUACCAAAAGGUUGGCUAUUACAUACCCCUAGUAGGGUAAUGUAGUAAAAUGAGCUGUAUACAUGGUUUGUUAAACACUUGCAGGGACUCCUGGGGUGAUGGUGAAUGACCCCUCUUUCUAGAAUUUGUGAGGGUGCAUGGAAUUUGAAGAUUGCAGAGACAAGAUCCCUGCUCACAACUUCUUGUAUCUCACUUAAAAAGCCACCAGCACUUUAGAAUCACAAACUGGUCCUAAUUGUUGAAUCCAAUUUUAAAAACUGCCAGUGGAAGCAAUACUGCUGCAGGGUUGGUUUGCUUUUCUGUAAAUGCCACAAUGAAGCUGUACUCUCAAAAAGCAAGGUUUGAAAUUCACAGUGAGUAUGUGUAUUUUCAAAAGUCUUACCUUAUCUAAUGAUUUUUAUAUUCUGUCUGUCGCACAUAUUAAGUGACAAAAGCUACUUCUGUGGUACGGUUUUAAUGGUGUAACUAACAGUCCUGUUAAAGCAUGACUCAAGGUUUCAGUUGUGUUGUGUUAGAGGAAGUUGUUUAUUUUUUAUUUGGGUGAUAGAAAUAUUCAUGGCAGAUCCCAAAAAAGUAUGGAUCUAAUUGUUUAGUUAAAUCUACAGUCUUAAAACUUCUAACUUGAUUUCAAAUUUGAUUUGUAGCUAAGGAGUCCUUUCAGUAAAAUAAAAUGAAAAGUUUAGGUUUUUUUA